AUGCUAAACCUGAAGGUUUUAAAAGUUUUGAAUUUAGACUAUAAGAGUUAUUUAAUAUUAGAUGUUAUAUUUAGAAUAAUGUUGACGGUAAUUUACUCCUUUAAAAAUUAUUUAAAAUUGUUUUUAAAGGGCAUCAUUGAUAAUAUUUUUUAUUCAAUAAUAUGUUAUGUAUUUAUUAUAGUAAUAACAUAUUUCUUAAUAAAUUAA